AUGCCAUUGCAGGAUUUCAACGCGGCCAAAAUGACCAGCAAAGCCAACAUAAGCGCCAACAUGACCGGCACAGCCAACACGGCCAGCGCGGCAACGCCGCACCACGCUGCGCCGGAGACCCCCUCAUCGUUCGGUGACCACGACCUGAAGAAAGGCUUCAACGCUCGAGAGAAGUUCCAAAAACCGCUCAAGUUCCAUCUUGCUUUUUUGUCCAUCCUGCUGAUGGUCUUCAUCGUCUCCAUCGACGCCACGGCAUUGGCGGUCAUACCUGCCAUAGCGGAAGAGUUUGACGGAACGUACCUGCAGGCGUUCUGGGCGAACGCCUCGUUUCUGCUGGUCGUCACGGUUGUGCUGCCCGUGUACACGGGCCUCUCGGAGGUGGUCGGGCGCAAGAUACCGCUCUACGCGGCUUUCUUCCUCUUCACGGCGGGGUCUGUCCUCUUCGCGACCGCGCAGUCCCUUCCCGUCCUUAUCCUCGCCCGUGCGCUGCAAGGGUCCGGGUGCGGAGGCAUCGACGUCCUCAACGAAAUCCUCGUCGCCGACAUCACCACCCUGCGGGAACGCGCUUUCUACAUCGGCCUGGUCUCCAUCCCGUUCGCGUUGGGAAGCGUCCUCGGCCCCGUCGUGGGCGCGCUGCUGGGCGAGUAUGCGUCCUGGCGAUGGAUCGGCUGGAUAAACCUGCCGCUCGUCGCUCUCUGUCUUCCGUUAUCCAUCUUCUGCCUCGCGUUGAAACCGCUCGAGGGCGGCCUGGUGCAGCAGCUCGCAGGCUUCGACUGGUGCGGCCUCGCUCUGUUCGUGGUCGGUGCCGUCGCCCUGACACUGCCCCUGAGCUGGGUGGGCGCCAUGUACACCGGUGAUUCGUGGAGGACGCUGCUUCCGCUUUUCGUCAACCCUCGCCAGCCGCGGACUCGACGGCACCAAAAUAUCAGUCCCGUCCAGAAUAUCGGCAUUUCGAAAGUCCAUACCCACGCCUCGCGGAUAAUACGUGCGAGGAUUGUCCCCGUCCUCCUUCAUAAAUAUACGCAUCGUGUACGUAAACUCCCUCCAGUGGGACGUCGUCACGCCCAUCUCAUCCUCCUCGAAAAAUCCCGGCUCAAACGCCGCAUCGAGAUGUCUCUGCAGAAAAUAGGCGAAGAAUUCAUAGGCGAGGGGUGGCAGGUAGACGCCUUGCGCCGCGCGCGCCCGCCACUGGUCGAAGUCCAGGAGUGCAGCUUCGUCCAGGGCCGCAUCGACGUUAUCGCCGGCCUUCGCGUUCGCGUCGUCGAGAACGAGCUCAGAGGACUCGUGCCCACUGUCAGGAUCGGGCGGAUGUAG